GAGGAGCUGCUGUGGGGAGCUGGCGGCUCCGUCCCGAUCCGGGUCCCGGUCGCGUGCGGCGCGCUGAAAAUAAAGUUGAUCAAGAGCUGGAACAAGAUGGCAUCUGUGCUCCAAAAUGUCCAAGCAACAGUGGCGAGGAGAAAACACCGGCUCCUAGCUGACCUCAAUGAGGAUGAGAGCCCUGUGCCUGACAAAUUCAAGAGAAGGGCCUCUCUGAGUUCUCUCAAUACCAUUCGCAUGUCUUUAAGGAAACGGGUACCAUUAAAGCCAGUCGAGUUGAAUUUUCAUGAAACCCCAACUAGGGAAAGUCUGGAACCAAGGCAGAGGUGCCAAACUCUUCAGACUAUUAAAAGAACAGCAAAAUAUGCUUUUGGAACAGUGUCCCAGAAAAUACAGAAGUCUUGCCAAAGCCCAGUACGCUCAAUGGUGACCUUUCCAGCUGAAUCCAUCAGCAGAAGCUGUGCAACCAGUUCUACCAAAAAAAGAACUGCUACACCUCAAACACCUUGCUAUAUGAGUGUUACUCCAGCAGCCAGUUCCAAAGGCACUCCAAAGUCCAGCAAAAGGGCCUUGCUUGGGCCAACAAAGGUGUCAGAACAUAGAGAAUGGAGGGAUUUCUCAUCCUGGCUUGGUAAAAAUGCUCUCUCUCUCCGGAGAUCCAGAAGAGCAGCAGCACUGAAGAGCCCUUAUUCAUCUCCUGCUCCUUCCAGCAGAAAGAUAGAGUUUGACUGUGAGCUGGAACUGGUCUCCUCAGGGAUUUGCCAGUUGAAGCAUAUCUCCCAGGCAUUUGAUGAUGCCAUUGUGAAAGAGGAGAGGCAACAAGCAAUAUCGAACUACUACUAUCUAAUGGCACGAAACUCACAGUCUGUACAUCGAUCCCUGAAACCAUCUCAAGCUAUCAGAAUGCAAGCAAAGAAACUCCAUCAAACACUUGGUACCUAGACAGAGAUGGCUGUAACUAUUUUUUCAUGUUUCCAAUUUAUGAGCACAUAUAAGGGAGAGGUCUGAAUAGCACCUGAAAGGCUGCACUCUAUACACUUAAUGGAGCCAUUACACUUUUUUUUUAUGAAACAGCUCAGGACUUUCCUUGCUUUCUCUUUUCAAGUAAAGAGAGAAGCAAAAUAGUACCAACCACAGUGUAUUAUCCGUGCUGAGAUGAGGGAACUGUAUUGAAACCGUAUUUCGUGAGGCAGUAAGUACUUAGAAAAUGAUGCUGAACUGGCCAGUAAGAAUGGCCAAAGCAAGGGCUUAUGACAGACUUAUGAGGGGUAAUCCUGGGUAAGAGUAGUGCUUAAAUUGGUAUCCAGCAGCCAUGAGAUUUAGCACAAAUACUUUCCAUGUAAAAAAGAUUGGUCUAUUAUUUUGAAAGCCUAACUUGUUGGGGUUUUUUUUUGUUACUAGCAAACUAAAGUUAUUAAUCACAUUAGCUGGAAGUUAAUAAAACAGUAGUGGCUUCUUUGAGUUCUAAGCAAAACUGCCAUUCCAAAGCAACAGCAUUCUGUGGAGUCACUCAUGCCACAAGAACAGAGCCAUUUUAGGACUCUUACUUUAUGGCCUUAAGGAUUAGCCAUCUAAUCCUAUCUUAGGUAGUUUGUCUCCAGACAAAUCAGAUCAACUUUGUAAUUUCUUACUGAUGCUUUAGAUAGCAUCUUGGCAGUUGAGUUAAACAUUGCUUUUGUGCUGCAUCUGUCUUUUAGUUAUAUACAGAAAUUUGUUACUACAAUUAAUGUAACACGUUGUAACUACUCUGAUUAGUUAAUAUCAC